AUGGACCCGCUGGCUCGGUUAAUGGAGGGCGCGCCGUUGCCGGGCGUGCUGGGCGCGACCCGCGACGCGCGGCCCCGCGGCGCGCUUGUGCACGCCAGUCUGGCCGCCGCGCCGCACCUGGGCGACAAGAAGGGCAGGCACUUGACUGGCACCUUCUGCCUCACAGGGGACACCAUGGAGGGGAUUAUACAGUGCCUAGUCUUCCUUAAAGCAUUCUCGAUUAUGCAACUACUUGUCGCUUGGUUAGCUGAA